UGGGAAGCUAAGGCAUGCAGAUUGCUUGAGCUCAGGAGUUCAAGACCAGCCUGGCAACAUGAUGAAACGCUGUCUCUACCAAAAAUACAAAAAUUAGCUGGGCAUGGUGGUGCAUGCCUUUAGUCCCAGCUUCUUGGGAGGCUGAGGUGGGCAGAUGGCUUGAGCCCAGGAAGCUGAGGCUGCUGAGCUGUGAUUGUGUCACUGCACUCCAGACUGAGAUCUUCUCUAUACACACACACACACACACACACACACACACAUAUACACACACGUACACAUAUAUACACAUAUGUAUUUUGCAGGAUGUUAUGAGGUGAGCAGAGAGGAGUAGAACCCAGUUUAGAAGGCCUGUCUGAGGAGGCCUGAAGCUGAGAUCCCUGAAGGAUGAGAGGUCAAGCCCUCCAGGCAGAGGGAACAACAUGGUCACAGGCUCUCGAAAUGGGAGGGAACACGAUGUUUUCAAAUAACUCACAAGAAAAGAGGAAAGCGGUAGCACGGAGACCAGAGCAAGCAGGACAAUGGUUCCAGAAAAGAUUGGAAUGAAAGGCAGGGGCAGGACCACGCUGGGUGUUACAGACUGAGGCAAGGAAUUCAUUGUAAGUGCACUUCUAAUAUCUUCUGCUCUCCCUACCCAGUGAUGGGGAAGACAUGAGCUGGCUUGUUCUGCUAGUUCUGUCAUCCCAUGAUAGUGAUAAGAGGUUAGGGGUUAGUUAGAGAAAUUUGGCAUGAGACAAGCCACCAAAAAAUUAUCAGCUUCAGCUUCUAUUUAGAUGAGUAACCUAUAAACUCAUCUGACCCAGAGCCUAUGGACUCGGUGGGUGAUGCAAAGGUCUUCAUCCCCUGUCCCUGCACUGAUCACAGACCUACAGAAAUAAAUUCAUUAAUUCAGCAGUCAUCGUGUCUGCUGCAGAUGGACUCCUUAGUUCAUUGCUUAGAUUAGCUCUUGAGGUGGAAUACUGAUUUACUAUUUAAAACCUACAAGGGGGACUGGCAUAGUGGCUCAUGACUGUAAUCCCAGCACUUUGGGAGGCCAAGGCAGGCAUAUCACUGAGGUCAGGAGUUCGAAACUAGCCAGGCCAACAUGGUGAAACCCCAUCUCUGCUAAAAAUAAAAAAAAAUUAGCCAGGUGUGGUGGUUGGUGCCUGUAAUUCCAGCUACUUGUAAGGCUGAACUUGGAAGGCGGAGGUUGCAGUGAGCCGACAUUGCACCACUGCACUCCAGCCUGGGUGACAGAGUGAGACUCCAUCUCAAAACAAAACAAAAAACAAACAAACAAAAAACCCAACCUACAAGGGGAGGAAAAUGUGCACAAAUAACUGUAAUGAAGAGAGUGACAAAAGCUACAAGAGGGUUAACAGAUAAGCAUUUUCCAAGUAAUAAAGCUUUUUCUACAACAUGUUAAGGAGCCACUGGGUGCUCUGUAAAGAAAACCAGAACUACAAAGUGGUAAAUUAUAAGUGAUGCAAAGACUACCUCUUGUAGGAAGGAAGACCAGGUAGAGGCAUGCUCCCACACCUGCAGGUGAGGAUACAAACUCCUCCUUCCGCUACCUUUCCGGAAGAAAGUUAGCAAUAGAGAUCAAGAGUGCAAAAAAAAAAAAAAAAAAAACCCAUUUGACCCAAUAAUUACACUUCCAAGAUUCUAUCCUUAGGAAAAAAUUUGAGAUUUGUUCAAGGAUUUCUGUUGAAUUUUCAUUAUGAGGUUAUUAUACUAUCGAAUAGAAACAACUGAAACACCCAAGUCGGAUUACAUUAUGGGACAUGCUCAUGAUGGCAUCAUAUUUAAGUGAAGUGUUUGUGUUUUUGUUUUUGAGGCGGAGUCUUGUCCUGUUACCCAGGCUGGAGUGCAGUGGUGCAAUCUCGGCUCACUGAAACCUCUGCCUCCCGGGUUCAAGCAAUUCUCCUGCCUCAGCUUCCCGAGUAGCUGGGAUUACGCCCAGAUAAUUUUUGUAUUUUUAGUAGAGACGGGGUUUCACCAUGCUGGCCAGGCUGAUCUAACUCCCGACUUCGGGUGAUCCUCCUGCCUUGGCCUCCCAAAGUGCUGGGAUUACAAGUAUGAGCCACAGCAUCCGGCCUUAAGUGAAGUUUCUGAAGCAUGGUAGUGGCUUGGAAAAGGCUCAAGACAUCAUUUUAAUGAGACGUGGAAACUCGUCAUUACAAUGUAAUAGGAGAAAUGCUUUGACAGACGAAGUGGGAACAACUGGGAGAGUGAAGGUUGGAGGGUCAAGAACAGGGGCAUAUGAGUUGGGGCUUACAGGUUGGGGGGAGGUGUUUCCAGGUGGAAAGGAAGGAGAGACCAAGCAGAGAGCCGUAAGUACUGAAGACGACUGGGAAGGUAACACACCUCUUGAGAAGGGCAUGCAGCAGCCAUACCUCUCAUCCGCCACGGUCAGCAAGCCUAUAGUGUUUCCUGGAGUGAGCUGGGCCAUCAAGAUGGGUGGUGCCCUCCUGCUGGAGGAGAGGGGCUCGGCGGAAUCCCUGCCCCAAAGCCUGGCAGCAACGCCCCUCCGCUGCCCUGGGCCGCAGGUCGGCUGAGCCCCACGCUCUCACUUCCCUGUGCGCGAAAUAAGUCCCAGGGCCAACGUAGCUUCCCCACCCAGUACUUCCGGGGGCGCCAAAAAACGACUUGCCCUGCCCGCAGCGUCGAGGCAGCUCGCAAGCGCAGUCACCUGCUGGACUCGGCCGGUGUGAAGUUUCACACCCAGGAGGAUGAAGGGCACCCACCUGGCUUAAGAGAACGGAUUCCAGAUCAUGUCUACCGUGAAUCAAGCAGCUCGCCGGCUGUCCAAAAGUGGGACAAGCCUCUAUGCAGUGCUGGAGCUUAAGAAGGGUACCUCACCUGAAGACAUCAAAAAGUCCUACAGACAUUUCCCAUUGCUUCCCCACCCUCCUUUUGGGUAUUGUCUAGGUAGGAAACUGACCUUGCAGUAUCAUCCCGACAAGAAUCCAGGGGACGCUCAAGCAGCAGAAAUAUGCAAAGAGAUCAACACAGCUCACGCCAUACUGAGCGACUCUAAGAAGCAGAAAAUUUAUGACCGGCAUGGCUCAUUGGGACUAUAUCUGUAUGAUCACCUUGGUGAAGAAGGCGUCAGAUACUAUUUUAUCAUGAAUAGUUGUUGGUUCAAGACACUUGUCAUCCUGUGUACACUGCUCACUUGUUGCUGUUUCUGUUGUUGCUGCUGUUUUUGCUGUGGAACACUUAAACCCCCACCUGAGCAGGAUAGUGGGAGAAAAUAUCAGCAGAAUGUCCAGAGUCAGCCUCCAAGGUCAGGUGCUGACCCAGUGAGAGUGCCUUCUGCGCCCAGUCCCUUAGACACAUUGAAGAGAGGAGCAAGUUGCCCUGCCCUGACAUUGACCCUGAUUUGACCCCACUUCUUUUAAGAAUCUCAACUUCAGAAGCAUUGAUACUGUUGUUCCCAGUAAGGGCAUCACCUCUGCCCUUCGUACCACAACUCUGUAUGGGGUUGCCCAGCUUCUUCUUUUUAGUUGCAGUCCCAAUUUUACUUGUCAGAAAGCAGCCCUCCCCUCCCUUCCCUUAUGAGGUCCCAGGCGGUGGUGGCAGAUUUUUCCUGAGGAGUCUUUUUCCUGUGCCCAUCUUGUUCUUGGAGCCACUGCCAGCUGGUAGGGUCCCCAAGCCCCUUGGGAUAGCUCCACUAAGAGCCUGGUAACUGAGCAGGGUGGAUCGUGUCCAAGGAGCUGCUGCUCCAGUUAACUCCCUUGUUGCAACUCUGUGUACCAAGAACCUCUAGCAUCAUCCUCAUUCCUAAGCCAAUAUGCCUUUAUGGAGCUGGUCUCACCUUCUGGUGCCCACGGCCAUUGGCAUCGCCAGCCUCAUUCCAUGCCACUAUGAGUCAACUCAGGAAAACGGCAAGUGCAUUUGAGGCUCAGGGGUACUCAUUCCAUCUUUAGAGUCUCCUUGGACCUCAACUACGAGCACAGCAUGCGUUGGCAUUGGUCCUGUGGGUUGACGGAAGUUUAAACAUCAGUGCCUGCUUGCCUCCAUCCUUUUUACAUCUUAUGCAGGCGGAUCAACAUAUAAUUUGUUCUUAUAAAUAGGGGCGUGGAAUCUGUGAUCCAGAAAAGUCUGUACUUUACAGACUCUUUUCCCACUCUUGCCUUUUUGUGCUGCUAUUUCGUGUCCUCUUCACACCAUGUAUUUCCCACCCACUCAGGGUCACAGCCUACUAACUCCUGAAACUUCUCUCCCUGGACUGGGAGAAGGGCUAAAGAAUGUCAGUAAAUAAAAGAGCUUUGUCCAGUCCCAAGGCAUAUGUUGGGCCUGAAAAAGACAAACUAUGUGUGUCUGGGGUGAAGAAAAAGGGCCUAAAGAAAUUGCUUCUUGGCCCUUUGGCUAAGAUCAAGUGGAGAAAAAGACGUGUAGGAGAAAAAGUCAGUGCUCACACUGGGGCAAGCCUGGCUUGGAAAGUAGGAGUCCCGAACAACUGUGGGGCUGGGGCAGAGGCUCCCCAGAGACUUGUGAUUAUGACUUUGUCAGUGCUCUAAAAUUUCCCUGGAGAUUGUUUCCCUGGGUGCCCAAAAUAGGUCCCUGGCAUUCAGGUCCUCUCUGCCCAGCUCACCUUCUCCCAAUUUCCUAACAAAUUUGAAGUCCUUGGAGUGGCUCCAGGGAUGUGUUCAUGGACCAGAAUCCCACAUUUCCUCAGGGACAUGCUCAUAGAUAGGUCCAGGCUAUGGCACAACAGUCAUUUCUAGCCUCUUGAGCUUCUUUUCCUAGGGUGAUAUAAGAAAAGGCUGGGCAAGAACAAAAAUGAGCCCAAGGUGUUGGACAAGAGGCUUGAUGUCAUCCCUCGAGCUGCUGUUCUGAAUCACAGAGUCUUGAGGAGGAGGACCUGGGUCACUGGCUGAGCCUGUGGAGGAGGAAACUGUUACUGACUCUAAGUCUGGCAGGAUCAUUCCUCCCACCCUAAGCUAUGUAUGGGUGCCUCUCACACAGGCCGAUUUAGAUUCUGUGUCCCGGUCCUGGAAG